UAUACUUAUAUAGACUUUCAAUAAACUGAUAUAAAAAUUUAUAUUGACGCAUGAAAACGUGCGUACGUAGAGCAAUUUAUAAUUCGUAGUUGGAUGAUAGAAGGCUUGGCAGCAUAAAGGCUAUGGCUACUACUUUUAUCGUGCGUGAAAUUGACUUCUGAAGAUAAAUAACAUUAUAUUUCAACAAAAUGGAUGUUACUGGUGAUUUAACUUUGCAAUGGGUGGAAGAGGUAGGAAAUGUGAUUCACGAAGAAGUUAUAUGUGGUCUGGAAGCAGAACUGGUAGCACCAGAAGAAGAAGUAAUAGGAGCCUGUGAAGAAGUUACAGUAGAAGAAACAGGAGAAUCCGUUUCCAAUGUACCUCCAACGACAGAAUCUGAAAUCCUAAUGGUUCCUCAGACUAAUGAUAUGGACUCCAUUUAUAUAGUACCACAAGAUCAAGGUCAUGAUUAUCUUAAUAUACAAGUCACAGAGGAAGUAAUUGCAGAUAAUUGGGACAGAUCUGGUCCAGAUGAUGGCGUUGAAAUUCCAGAAACGAAAGUUUCUAGUGACAAUCUAUUAGAAUAUGAUGACAUGGAAAUACCAUUACCUACAGAUCAAGAUUCUUAUACAAAUAUUCGUCCAUAUCCAUGCGAUUUUUGUAGUCGAAGAUUCAGGAAAAAAGCAAAUUUAAUGAAUCAUAUGGUAUCACAUCAAACUGAUCGUCCUCAUCAUUGUAAUUUAUGUGGAGCUCGUUAUGUACGAAAAUGUGAUCUUAUGAAUCAUUUAAAAACUCAUGCUUAUGCACCAUCUCGGGAUGGCUUAGAUGACGAUUUAAAUGAUGACGACUCCUUAGCCCCCGAGGAAGAAGAAACUAAUAAAGGUAGACGUAAGAAAGUACAAUCCAAUGCACCAAGAAAACGUAAAAACAAUUCAACUAUUCCAAAAAGAAGUGAUGAUAUAAAAAUUGAAAUGAAUAAAUAUGUUAAUAAAUCUUAUGAUUAUGUGGACGAAGAUAUGCGCUUAUUAGAAGAAAUGACUAAUCGAAAUCCAGUUCGUGGUAAUAAUUAUCCAUCAAGUUCAAGAUGGAAUGAACAAAUAUCACCAGUACCUCAUGAGCAGCAACCUCCACGGUGGCCUAUUACAGAUCCCACAAAACCAUAUGUUUGCCAAUAUUGUGGUGUAGGGUUUGCGAGAGAAAAAGCUCUUGCAUCCCAUGCUCGAGUUCAUGGUGGUGAUAGUCCAUUUGAAUGUACUUCUUGUAGUGAAAUGUUCUGGGAUGUUAAUAGUUUAAAAGAACAUGUUCGUAUUAAACAUGGAGGUACUACACAAUUGGACAUAGAAGAUUAUGAUACCAAUGAUGCUACAUACACAGGUGAUGAGAGAUUUGGAGAAUUUUGUUGUAACACUUGUGGAGUUCCUUUUCAACGUCUAGAUUUGCUUAAACGACAUCAAAAGAUUCAUGUCAAACAAGAAAUAGACAUAAUGGAAGGUUCAAGUCAGCAUCACGUGUGCAAUGUAUGUGGUGAAUGGUUUGAAGAAGCAUUAGCUUUAUUAGCGCAUGCCGAACUUCAUGCUAGAUCUCCUAGUCGUAGAUGCUUAUUGUGUGGGCAGAGAUGUCGUGACGAUGCCGAAGUUGCAGAGCAUGUUCGUCAGAACCACGCAGAAGAUGCUCCACCAAAUACAUGUACGCUGUGUGGGAAAACAUGUAAAGAUAAACGCAGUUUAAUCAAACACUCAUGGGUACAUAAUGUUGAUAAAACAUUUGAUUGUACAAAAUGUGGAAAACAAUUUCAUAGCAAAGCUAGAUUACGAAGGCAUAUGGUUUCACAUCGUAACAAAAUGGUUCAAUGUGAAGAAUGUGGAGAAGAAUUUCCUGAUGGUAGAGCUCUUGUGAGUCAUCGUCAUUUUCAUAAUAAAGAACUAGGUGGUCGUUCGUUUCCUUGUCACGAAUGUGGAAAAACAUUUGGAAGUCGUAGCUCUCAGCAAAUACAUAUUCGUAUUCACACAGGAGAAAGACCUUAUGGUUGUAGGUUUUGUCGGAAAGCAUUUGCAGAUGGUGGCACAUUGAGAAAACAUGAGCGGAUUCAUACAGGCGAAAAACCGUAUGGAUGUGCUAUCUGCCCUCGUGCAUUUAAUCAAAGAGUAGUUCUUAGAGAACAUGUACGAGCUCAUCAUUCAGGUCCUGAUCCAAAAUGCGUUGGUAGUAUUACACCAUUUUUAUGCAAAGUUUGUGGUGAUGCUUUUGCAACAUCAGAACAAAUUGUUGCUCAUAUAGUUCAACACUGUGAUGAUAACACUGCACUAAAACGUCAACCACAGACCGGACCACGCAAAUAUAAAAGGAGACGUAAAUUGAAGCCUCAUGAAACAACUACAAUGUUGAGAAUUAAUGAAAAUUAUGAUACACUUGAAGGUGGAUCUGAUUCAGAUGAUAAUACAAAACGGAAACUUGGUAGGAAAAAUAAACAACAUAGAUCAAAUGUCGAAGAAGGUUAUCAAAAUGUUCUUAAAAGUUUUGAGAGUUCUUUACAAAAUAUAAAUUCAAUAGUAACUAAUUCUAAAUUGAAUCCUGCAAAAUCAAAAUUAUCGAAGAAAAAAUUGAGGAAAGAAGAAAAAAAAAAUGAAGGGCAAACAACAUGUCAAUCAGGAAGACCUAAAAUGAUACACACUCAAAAAACAAGAGUACCUGUUGAAAUGGGUAGUGAUGGUGUUAAAAAAGGUCAAAAAACCAAAACGAUGGUAACAAGAACUCCUAAAGUAAUGCCAAGUGAACAUAAACUGGGUAUCUUCACUGGGGGAGAAAGGAAUAGACCAAGAACAAAAAAUGUUAGUUAUCAUAUUGAGGGAAAAUUACAGUUAACACCUGCAACAUUUCCAAAGCCAAAGGAAGAAGAUGUAAAAUUAUCAACACAAGUACAGCCACCAAUGCUAACAAAUAUAAAAAUAGAGCCUGGUGUACAAAAAUCUGUGGAUAGUAAUCAUAGUAAUAAUCAUAGUAAUAUUGUAAAAAUAAACAAUGAUAAAUUAGAUCGAACACCUAGAAAAAAGUCUACUGUUUUUAAGAAAAUAAAGAAACAAAAGCAAAUAAAUAUAAAAGAAGAACCAAAUGAAAAUAUAAAUGAAAGUGAAACACAAAAUAAUAACAAUACAGAAAAUACUAAUUCUAUACGGUUAAUGGAGGAGCACACAGUAGAUGGGGGUAGCCUAGAAGUUGCUUUUGAAGCUAACGUAGUUACAGCGGAAGAAGAAACCAUUCUUCCUGAUAUUGAUACAGUGACUAAUAAUGAUAAUAUUGGGAAUGGAAAUGUUCAACUUAGUGUAAAGGUAGAAUCUACACCUCAAAGAAUUAUGGCUGUUCAUAGUGUUAUUACACCUGUGGAUGAAGUCGCAGAAACUAUAAUACCAGAUACUUUGGAAUACACAUGUGAAAUGUGUUCUAUGGUAUUCUCCAGUCGUGCUGAGCUUUUGGUGCAUGUACCAAUACAUAUUUGAUUUAAUUUGUCUAAUAUUAUGAAAGCAGGUAUGAAAAUUUGUUCUAUUCUAAAUGCACUCGUUUAAUGAAUCAAUUUUUAACAAUUAUUGAAAUUCAAUUAAUUAAAGUUAGCUUUAUUUUAUACUAAAGUAUCUCUUAUUUGUUAUUCUGCAGAACAAACUUUAUGUUCUUGAUAUGUUCCAAAGUUAUUAAUUUUAUGAGUUAUUAUGAGUUGUCAAAUUAUUCUAAAAAUAUAAAAACCACAACUACCA